GUUAAAACAAAACUCACAUACAUUAAUACAUAGGGGGCGCUAGUCGGAAAAAGUUUGAGAAAUUAUGGUCUAGACGUACGCUAAUAAUGGACUAUACAAUCUUAUAUGAUUCUAUUUUCGUUUCAGAUUCAACAAUGUUCCAGCACCAUUUGCUCGUAAGACAUCGAUCCUGUUAAUGGACCAUCCACGGGUGAACAACACCAUCAACACCAAAAUGUAACAAAAGACUGUCGGCGAACACCAAAGCACACCCAUUCUCGAUGGGUGCCAGCAUGGGCAAGAAUGCCUCGCUUCUGGAUGCGCUACCAUCUGGGCAAGGCACCUUGCAUGUGGUCAUGCUGGGUCUGGAUUCCGCUGGCAAGACGACAGCACUGUACAGACUGAAAUUCGACCAGUAUCUCAACACGGUUCCUACUAUCGGGUUCAACUGCGAGAAAGUUAAAGGCAUGGUCGGAAAGGCAAAAGGCAUCAACUUCCUAGUCUGGGACGUAGGCGGCCAAGAAAAGCUUCGCCCUCUCUGGAAGUCGUAUACCCGGUGCACUGACGGUAUAGUCUUCGUGUUAGACAGCGUAGACGUGGAAAGAAUGGAAGAAGCCAAAAUGGAGCUCAUACGGACAGUGAAAGCACCCGAGAACUCGAGUGUACCUAUUUUAGUGUUAGCUAACAAACAAGACCUGCCUGGAGCGCGAGAACCUAGGGAGUUAGAGAAACUCCUCGGUUUGACCGAGCUAGGCCAUGGAGGUCACCAGUGGCACGUGCAACCUGCAUGCGCCAUCACUGGAGAUGGUCUCCAUGAAGGUCUCGAGGUGCUGUACGAGAUGAUCCUGAAGAGGCGAAAAUUGGCGAAAGAAAGGAAGAAAAAGUGUAGAUAAGAUGUGUGCUGUGAAUUCGUGUUUAUAUUUUUAGCUCGCAUAUGAACUUUUGGAAACGAUUCGUCAUGGUACAAAAUUCAUUGUCAUUCAAAAAACCCCAAAUCAACAAGUGAGACACAACUGCGACGAAUCUGUCGACGUUUGAUCUGUAGACACAAAGUAGUUUUAUGCAGUUUCUAGUAGGCUAUGGAUUCAUAGAAAAGUUUCGACGCACAAAAACGAAACGAUACUAUCAAUACAUGACUAUAUGUCAAGACAGCAGAUUCAUUAGUACCAACAGCAGAGUACAGCGCUAUUUGAGCAGUAUUUAUCAGUCUUAUUGAUGGCGUAGAAAUUCCCAACACUGUGAAUCUCGGUAAUGAGACAUUUAAAGACUUAUUUUCAUAGGAACUUUUUUUUUGUUAUUUUUAACGUACUUCCUACCCUAGACAUGUUCCCAUUGUUUUUGAACCACCAUGUAAAGCGACGAUUAGUUUGAUCCGAUAUUUGGCUUCACACUGCGAUAACAAUGCUUGUUUUGCGGAAAAUCGAAGGCAUUCUUCUUACUCUACGACGGUGAAAACUGAAUAAAGCUAUGUGAAUAUAUUUUAUGAACAAUCGAGUUCGAUUUCACUUUUCGAUCUAUGCAUAUAUCGUGUCUCCCUAAUCAUGCAAAAAGCAUGGGAAUCAGACGCUGAAAGUUUACUCACUAAUAUACAAUAUGCUAUACAGGUUUUUAUAAUCACGGGGCAAACAGUCAAAAACUAUUUUCUCUUUUUACAUUUCGGUGAUAAAUAUUCAGCUUUUGUUUCUUCUCAUAUCAAUAGGGGCGGCAAACAACUUAGCAGAACAUACCUACCACAUUAUGAAGCUAACUCUAUUCCAGUACUUUGGCAGGCUUAGGUAUCAGAAUACUCGUAAUUCAAAAUCUUGGAAUCGCAUUUAAACGGUUUGUUUGUUUCCUGGUAACUUUAUUUAAAAAAUUGGCCAUUCAGCAAUGCAGCUCGAUUUACCAAACCAAAGGUGCUCAUUUAAUUUUAGGUAGAUUUAGUUUCUUGCGAAAAAAUAAUGCAGUAUCGCUAUAGACAGAAAUGACAUGUUAAUAUCGAUUGCGGUUAAAAGUUGUGACUUUAGAGGAAGCAGAUGUUAUUCUCCAUCCAAUGGUUGAUCAGUGACUAUGGUUUCAUGAAGAUGUAAGCGUCUUGUAUAAGAUUUUUAAUUUCUGAGAAAAAGACGGAUGGUGGUCAUUACAGGGUUUAGCAUAAUAAUUGAUCUAAAUCUAUAAAAUGUUAUAAUUGUGUUAACAUUUCCUGUCUUUGGCUGUACUUCAAACUACUUGAUCAUUUGUUGUAAGGCCUUACAAUGAAUCUGUUAGCUGGAGAAAUAUUGAAAAUUCACUACGAUCCCUCUGAAAAUAGUGAAGUAGGUGAAUUUUGCCACUUUUGUAUGAAGUAUUUGAAUUUAUUAAUUGAAGUAAUUAUUUCCUGAGCACAUAUAAUUGGAUCCUUUUUUUGUUGCAGGAUUUAUAUUCCUCUUUGAAUAUUGUUACCAUUUCAUUUUAAAAUGGAUUCGAUGAAUUUCCAAUAUACUCAUAAUACAGUUGAUGAUGUUUAUACAACGUUGAUUUAUUUAUCUUUUAUGUAACCGUUAUAUAUUAUAUAAUGUAUAGAGUAUAUAUUGUAAUAUUAGACUUCGAUAUUGAGCAAAUGCGAAACUGUUGCAAGCUCGCCAUGUUUGUACUAUGUACUACUCCACUGUAAAUAUG